AUGGAAAUUCCAACUAUUCCAACCAUAACCUAAAUAAUGAAAGUUGAUUGUAAGUAAGCGUUCAAUGAUCUAACACUAAAAGAAAAGCUAUAUUCUUAUUAUUUUACCCGUGCUUCAUGGUCUGGUUGUAAGAUUUGCUAUUUUUAACGUUCUUAUGAAUCUCCAGCCUUAUUUUAUUUAUUUUAAAAAAUUUUCAUAUAAGAAUCUACCUCAGAAAUCGAACAAAAGUUAAAAACAAUUAAUUUUUCUGAUUUAUAAAUAAAUCAAAUUUUUGUUUAUAUUGCUUCUUUUUUCCAAAAUUGUGGAAAUUAUAAAAGCUUUGGCGAUUCUAAAUUUAUACCUGAAAUAAGUAAAGAAAAGUUCCUUUAAUUUAUUUAAAGUACCAAAGCCUAUUAAUUAGAGAAACAAAACUUCGAUUUUAUUUGGGAUCAAACUAACUUUGAACUCUAUCAUUACGAAAAGCCUUAUUAUCACAUUGAUUUUAUAAAUAAUAAUGGUAUUUCUUCAUAUUACUCUUCUAAUAUUACUUAAUAAGAAGCCGAAUUAAUUAAUAAAUUUAUGGAAUAACAAGAAAUCAAUAUUUCCCCUUUAAAUACUCGUCUUUUAAAACAUUCAGAAAAAGAAUUUGAAAUCCUAAUAGCUUCAGUUUCUAAAUAUUUGUAAACAUAAUAAAAAUACACUUUCUAAGAUGUUUAAGUAGUACUCACAUAUGGAGACUUUGCUCCAUUUAUGGAAUAAAUAUACUAAAAUUUAUCUAAAUCAAUCUCAUAUUGUUAAAAUAAAAUCCAAGAAGAAAUGAUAACUUCCUACUUGAAAUUUUUCAAUUCUGGUAAUAACGAAUACCACAAAGAUUCCUAAAGAGCUUGGAUAAAAGACAAAGGACCCAUUAUAGAAACUAAUAUUGGUUUUAUCGAAUCAUACUUAGAUCCAUUGAAAGUACGAGCCGAAUUUGAAGGAUUUGUAUCUAUAGUAAAUAAAUUUGAAUCAGUAAAAUUAGAAAAACUUGUUGAAGAAGCCGAAAAAUUAAUAACUCAUUUACCUUGGCCUAAAGAAUUUGAAGUCGAAAAAUUCACCAAACCUGAUUUUACUUCUUUAGAAAUUCUCUCUUUUGCUUGUUCAGGAACUCCUGUGGGAAUAAACAUUCCUAAUUAUGAUGAUAUUAGACAAACAGAAGGAUUCAAAAAUGUGAACCUUUAAAAUAUAUAUGGAACCCCCAAAUUAGAAAAUAUAAUUUUUUCGACUUAAGAAAAUGCCAAUUUAAUGUGCAAAUAUUAUAAACCUUCUUUAUUUUUGAUCGUGGCUUUACACGAACUUUUAGGGCAUGGCACAGGAAAAUUAUUGCAAAAAGACAAAGACGGAAAACUUAAUUUUGACAAAAAUUUAAAAAAUCCAUUUACUAAUGAAAAUAUAAAUACUCUCUAUGAUGUAAACGAAACAUGGCAUUCUAAAUUCGGAGAAAUAUCAUCAGGAUACGAAGAAUGUAAGGCAGAUUCAGUCGCUUUAUAUUUAUCUUGUUUCCAAGAAUGUCUUGAUAUUUUAAUUCCUGAAUUUUCUAAAGAAGAAUAAUAAGAUAUUGUUUAUAUAGCUUGGUACGAGAUUAUCUAUAGUGCAAUUAAAGGGCUCGAAUAUUAUGAUCCAAAUGCUAAAAAAUGGGGACAAUCACAUAUUUUAGCUGGAUAUGCUAUUAUGUAGGUUUUGUUAGAAGCAGGAGAAGGAUUAGUGAGAUUAGAAGUAACUAAAAAAAAUGAUAAUGAUUAUGUUUUUAUUCAUUUAGAUAGAAAUAAAAUAUCUACUAUUGGGAAAUAAGUUAUUGGAAAAUUUUUACUUGGAUUAUAAGUUUAUAAAAGUAUAGGAGAUAAUGUUAAAGGAAGUGAGUUUUUUAACAAAUAUAGUUAAGUUAAUGACUAAAUGCUUUAAAUUAGAAAAAUAGCAAUUGAAAAUAAAUAACCAAGGAGGUUAGAAUUACAAAAUGAUGUUAAGUUAAUUGAAGAUGGAUAAAAUGUUGAAUAUGUGGAAUUUAAUGAAACUUUCUAAGGAAUUAUAAAAUCUUAAGUUUUUCAUUAUGGAAAUAAGGUUGAUGAUGUUUAUAGUGAAUGGAAAAAGUAUGCAAAUUUAUUUAGAUUAUAAUAAAAAUGA